CAAAAGCCGCAUCUCGUGUUAUUUGUGAGCAAAUUCGUAAUCGUAAAGGCUCCAGGUUCAAGUUGUAGGACCGUUUUCUGCAGUUCCGUGAAAUAUUUUGCAUUGAAGUAGCUUAUAAUCACUCUCAAGAUGAACAUCGUGAAAGCGGCGGCGAGAAUCUCAUCGAUGAGGAGCAUUUUGAAUCCUGUGAGACAAAAUGUUGGGGCCGCCGGCCCAAUCGCCUCGACUAAUCUGUCCACACGCACUUUGUGGCACAUGUGCUCACCAUCGUCGGCAAAUAAUCAGAUGCUGACGACCAAGAGUCACAGUCUUACCUACUCCAGCAGCAUCCACGGCCAGGAUUUGACCUUAGAAGCUUACAAAAAAGGACUGGUGGACUGUUUGAAGGACAAAAUUUCCACACGAAAGCAUCACCCUAAGGAACUGGAUGGCUUCAAGAUUGAAGCUAAAGGCCCAGUACUUGAGCUUUCCAAAGAACUUGGAAAUGGUGAAAGUGUUAAAAUUUACUGCAAUGUAAAUCCCAAGGUGAAUUUCCGCAAACCUCGCCGAGAUUUUGAUGACGAAAUGCAUUACAAGCCCGCUGAAUUUCGAAUUGAGCUGAUUAAGGGUGAUCAAAUAUUGGACCUGAUUUGCUCAUUCAAUGAUCCAAUAGACGACUGUAACGGUCGUCCCUUCAAAGUGGAUGACAUAGGCCUGAACGUGUGUGAACGUAAACACAAGAUUGAAAUCUAUACUGACAGCGGAAAAUUUCUUUCUCGUGAGGAUUCCGAACUGCAGGUCCUGCAUCUGGAAAUGCUGAAAGAGAAGGGAAUUGACUUUGAAUUUGCCCGUAAAUUGUAUGACGUGGUGAUUAAGUAUGAGCGCGACCCAUAUGAAGAUGUUCUCGAAAUGGUGGAAAGGAUUAAUUUAUAAGAUGUGAAUUUCCAAAUAGAAUGAGGCAGUAUAAUGUGGAUUAUGAUCGUUGCCAAAUA